AUGUUGAUGGUGUUGCUGAUGGUGGAGGCGGCGGCUGCGUUGCGGCUCUACCCGCUGGCCAGAGCUAAGCCACUGUGCCGUAUCCACACGGUGAGGACGGGAAAGGUGUUUCACACCAGGCAGCAUAUUCAAGGGGACCAUCUGUAUUUUUCAUCGAUGACAACACACUUGAUUAAACAUCCUUGCAAGAAGAACAUAGCCCUCUAUCUGGGAAGGCAAGUUUUUUUCACGAGAGAUAACUUUGGCAGUAGUCUCCCUCCAUUUUCCAUCCCUACGUCACUGCAGGUUGGCACACCAGAAGUAACUUCAGCCCAUUUUGCCGGUUCAGUAUUGCUCUUAGUAGUGAACCAAAAAGUCUAUAUUUAUGAUUAUGAAGCCAAUUCCUGGAAUGCCUCUGUAGGCAUAGAGCACCCUGUCUCUCAUAUUUCUGGUGACAAUUGUUGUUACAGUGGACAUCCCUCUUGUGUGGACAUAAGUGAUUCAGUUUUCGCUUAUUUGCGUGGAGACCAGAUACCUCAGACCAACAUCUAUUUCUCAAAUACCUGGGGAUACAGAUUUCAGAAGUUUGCCCUUGAAAGACAGGCAGAACUAGUUGGAUCCCUGGGUGGGACCUUCUACUUUCACUCCUUGUCACAGGUCGGGCUGCUUCUCAUUGAUCAAGGGAAGGCCAUGUUCGCCUACUCAGACCACCCCCUGAACCGCAGUUUUGGGCUUCCCUUUGACUACAACGGGACCCUCGACAUCCUCAUCACCCCGGGCCAGAAAGGCAUUCUGAUCUUCUGGUUCGAGAAGAGCCUGUUGGUUUCCCGAAACGCAGGUCAGCUUGUCGACCCCGUCCAGGUACAAGAAGGACGGCACAUCUUGCAUUCUUCCAUUUCCGAAGCCAACAUCAGCAUCCACACUGUGGCUGCAAAUGAAAAUGAACUGGCAGUUUUAACUCGGGAGAAUAAUUUAUACUAUGGCAACCUGGGAAUCUUGUCAAGUUCUCUAAUCAAAUUUGCAGACCAAAACAUCUGGUCCCAGGAGGCAGCCCUGAUGUUCACGAACGUGGGGAUGCUGGAAAUUCUGACCCCGCUUCCUGAUUCGGUUUUUCUAGCGUUCGAUUUCCAGAAGUGCCCCGUGAAUACCCAGGCGAUUCUCAUGGAUCCCCAGCUCCAAGUGGACGUUUGCAAAGUAGAACUUCUGCAAGGAGAAUUUGAAAACAAAAUGUAUACCAUUGACAUGAACAGCCAGUUGGAGUUGAGCGCUCUGAUGAUACCCCGGCCCGGCACGUCGCCGGUCCCACUCGUGAUGGUGAGCAACCCCCACUCUCUGGGGCUACAGGCCGUCAUUUACGAGGACGGCUACACCUACGACGGGAACACCAAGCACAGACUGAACAUUUCCCUGAGGCAGCAGCACCACUGGGGCAGGGCCGACCCCAACUUCACCUCCAGCAUAAAGAGACCCACAAUGUCUACCAUCACUCUGGAUAUAGCCAACAAGGAAAUUUCAUGUGUGGACCUCAAGCCACUGACGGCGCUCAUUUCGGUUGGUUGCGACCUGGAGAAAAAGAUCGUCAUUCAGAACGAAAUCUCAGCCUGUUACAAUGGCGUCCUCGACCCGGUGGCCCUGCAGGACAAUUACAGCUAUGUGAUCGAGAGGGACGCCUACGACCCCAGCUUCCGGGGGCAGCGGGCGGCCGUGGACCUGGUGGUGCCCUACCCGUAUGAGAAGCUGGGCUGCCCCCACCUCGUCUACUACGACACCCCGUGGAAGCCCGUGGUGGAGCUGUGGCGGGAAGGAAAGUUCCAGGAGGUGGUGGAGGCCGAGUACGUCUUGCUGGAGGUGAACGGGCUCUUCACGUACACGUACUUGCUGACGGCCGGCACCGCGCUCUGCAGCUCCCAGCCUCAGAACUGGAGCACCAUCUUGGAGCAGGCUGGCGACAAGGGGCCCUUCGCCUGGGACCGAGAGAACUACGUGAGCUGCCACGACCCGGACAACCACGCCCCCCUGAGGUGGCCAGACGUCCCCUAUCAGAUCUUGGGUGGCCCGACACAAAACAAGGUCGUUUUCGACCAAAGGAACGGAAUCUACAUUUUCUUCCUUUCCAUCGUGGACCCCUACUACAGCUACUGCCACCUGGAGACCACCUUCAGCGUGUACGUCCAUGGGGCCUUCCCACAGUCCGUCAUCCCGCAGGAGGUCACCGUCGCCCUGGUCACGGCGGCCACCCUGCUAUCCGUGUGGCUGGCCUACGCGGUCCCCAAACAGCUGGGCACCGAGAAGGGCCUCAGGUUCAAGGGCUUCUGGGUGGGCCUGUGCAGGCGAUGCAGGCAGUCGUGUGCGUGUCUGCGGGGCAGGCGCUGAGCGCCCGCGGAGGGCCAGGGGCCCUGGGAGGCCGCUUCGUUGCCACCAGUGGGGCCAGGUGUCUUAAAA